AUGUUAUUGUUUCAUUUGAAGGUUCUAACAUUGGUGUUACUGGAUCUUCCUGGACUUUUGUUUUUCUCCACAUAUACUCUCCUUGUCCUCUUUUGGGCAAAGAUCGAUCAUCAGGCUAGAUAUCUACCAACUGAUAAGCUGAUGCUUGUUUACAUAUUGCUAAACGCUGGAAUUUACUUCAUACAGGUUUGUAUCUGGAUUUUGUUCUGGUUGUAUAACAAUGAAGCAAUGGAAACCGUAGGACGGAUCUUUAUUGCAGCUGUCUCAUUUGUUGCUGCGAUCAGUUUCUUGUUUUACGGACGAAGAUUGUUUGUAAUGCUGAGACAGUUCCCAAUUGAAUCUAAAGGAAGAAGUAAGAAGUUAUACGAGGUUUGUCUUCUUUCGUGA